ACAGUAGGUAUCAUUCUUUCCCGUAUUAGUGCGAACCAAAUGUAACAUCGCAACUGUCUCCGUUUUGUUAAAACAAGUUAUUCAUAUUUACAGUUUCCAGUGGCUCGUAAAAGACAUGUACAUCCUCUAGAAGUAUCAGAACAAAAGAGUCCCGGAGAAGGACUGUUUCAAAAGAUAUUCCGAUCGAAAGAGUUCUCGAGGAUUACACAGAGUGCCGCUGCCGGAGACAUCGGGUCUUACAUAAAACUAAUGGGUCAUCUAAACGUCGGCCAUGAAAAUGGUUAUAUAUACGUUGCUAUUUUUUUUUUUUACCGUUUUCCUAAAUAAUAAUUAGCAUUUCAUGUGGAGUAGCAGAAAAUGGAUUCUGGGAUUCAAAAUCACACCGAACAUUGUGUGCACGACCUCUCUAACCCGACCGCACCGGGUUUGUGUGCGGAAAUGCUCGGGGUGGCGGACGAGGCUUGCCGGGCUGGAGACUUCGAUCUGGCCGCGGAGAUCUAUUCUUCUCAGCUAGCCGAGCUCGAGCACACCGACCGUGGUCUCUGUCUGCGGAAAGCUGAUGCCCUGGCCCGUGGGGGACGCAUAGGCGAUGCGUUGGACUCGUACUGUAUCGCUGCAAACCUUCAGGCACUGAGUCCCAAUGAACUGCAGGUUUUAGUUGAAGUUAUAGCGCAUAAGAUACGUACGAAAGAGCAGUGUGACAGUAAGACAAUAAGCGUGGAUUCUAACUCCGAAAACAGAUGUUUUGAGAGUGACGAGUUAGAGGAAGAGCAGAACUUAGAUUUGUUUUCAUGUCGCCUUUGCAAGUGCUUGUUAACGGAGCCGACGUCUUUGGUGUGUGGACACACUUUCUGUAAGCGCUGUCUGGAAGAUGACUUGAUUAAAGAGUGCAGAAGCUGUCGUUUAAAAACGAACAAAACACCAAGCGAAUUAAAUGUGGACGGACUCAGAGUAAAUGUUAUUGUCAGUGGCUUGAUUGACAAAUGGUUCAAUUCGGAAAGCAAAGCGAGACGAUACUGGUUGGAGGGGGAAUGUCUUUGGAAAAAACAGGACUUAUCCAACGCCAUACCGAAGUUCAACAAGGCGAUGGAACUAGAGCCCUCUAUAUGUUGGCUUCUGGCUCGGCGGGCAGAGCUGCUUUUGGAAAUGAAGAAUUUCAGCCAAGCAAUCAAGGAUGCAGACACCAUGUGCCAACUCCGUCCCUUGUGGCCAAAGGCUCACUACAUUAAGGCCACAGCGUUCAGGGGCGCCGGCCGCAGUGAAGAGGCUUUACAGGAGUAUUUCUUCUGUGUGGCUUUGAAAUCUGACUGGAUCGCUGUAAAACUGGAGGCUCAGAAGAUCCUGAGUCAUAUGUUCUCUUCAGUCUUUGUGAAUGAGGGUCUGGCUAUGUUCCUACAACCCCUUCCAGCUGGCCCAUCCCCUCGUAUCAAACCCUCAUCCCUCCACAGUUCGCUUCACUCCUCUCUUCAUAGAGAUGGAGCCAAAGCAGGCUGCUCCAAGGAACAAACACUCAGUUGCAGUAAUUUCAAAGAUGGGAAAUCUUAUAUUUUACAAAGAUCUGAAAAUGUAAACUCUGUUGGCCUCUCUUCACUUUUUGUUCCACCCGUCCUAAAAAGGAAAUGGACAGAAGAUGCUAAGGACUUUGAGCCACCCAGCAAACAGCUCAAAGAAGACAAGGUGAAUUCAUCCAAAACUCUCCCUACUUUUUCUCGGGAAAGGCAAGUUCCAUCGCAGCUUUUGGACAGUGCAGACUUUGAAUGUUCUCUCUGCAUGAGACUGUUUUAUGAGCCUGUCACCACACCCUGUGGACAUACUUUCUGCCUCAAGUGUUUGGAGCGCUGCUUGGACCACAACCCUAACUGUCCCCUGUGUAAGGAAAACCUCUCUGAGUAUCUGGCCACUAGAGCGGACAACAUAACUCUUCUAAUGGAAGAAGUAUUGCAGCGCUACUUUUGUGACGAGUUAGCAGAAAGGCGAAAAGUACAUGAAGAAGAGAUGAAAGAACUGUCAAACUUGAACCAGGAAGUGCCCAUCUUUGUUUGCACCAUGGCAUUUCCUACCAUUCCCUGCCCACUGCAUGUUUUUGAGCCUCGAUACAGGCUAAUGAUACGCAGAUCUAUGGAAACGGGAACCAAACAGUUUGGCAUGUGCAUUGCUGAUGAACUAAAAGGGUUUGCAGACCACGGCUGUAUGCUGGAGGUGAGAGAUGUCAAGUUUUUUCCUGAUGGACGCUCUGUGGUGGACACGAUAGGCAUUGCACGUUUUAAAGUGCUCAGUCAUGGGCAGAGAGAUGGAUACCACACAGCCAAGAUUGAAUAUUUGGAGGAUAAGAAGGUUGAAGGAGAGGAGUUGACAGAGCUCCUGAAAUUGCAUGACUCUGUCUAUGAUCAGGCCAUGGCCUGGUUCACUUCACUUAAAGAUGAUAUGAAGAGUCAAAUCAUCAGCCACUUUGGGCAGCUGCCUGCCAAAGACUCUGACCCACAGGGGAACCCCAGUGGUCCUGCAUGGUGUUGGUGGCUGUUGGCUGUGCUGCCGCUGGAAAACAAAGCCCAGCUGACCAUCCUCGCCAUGACCACUCUUAAGGACCGGCUGAUUGCCAUUCGCAGGGUCCUUAUUUUUGUGACUCGCAAGCAUCCUCGAAGAUAAAUUAUGAUAUCAUUAUCUAAAUUAACCCAUAGCUUGGGAAUGCUGCUUCAGGCUGGGGUUACUUAGGUGUCUUCCAGCAGCCAUUUUGGUCUGUCAUUGCAUUAUGCAACCCUCACCAAUUAGUGAAAUUGUGCAAUAAAAAAAGUCUGCAUCUUAA